ACCUCAUCACCCGAGGAUAUGUGUAGCUGAGUGCUGUACCUAGCUGCACCUGCUGCCAUAAGGUGCAGACUGGGAGGAAGGAGGCAGCAACCACCAAGACCUCGAGAACAAGGUGCUAAUUAAGGGGAGGUGAAGCCUCAUGCUUUCUAUACUGACUGCAACUGUGGAGCAUCUAAACACGCCUCUGCUGGUUUUGGUGGUUGCUUCUGGGGUGUGGAGGCUUCCCCGCCUUGAUGGAUUAUACACUCCAGCCCAACGUGACAACACUGACCGAGUACUAUCCCGAUAUCUCCUUGAGCCCCUGCGAUGAGGAAUUUAUCCAGAGAGACAGCAAGAUGCUUCUUGCUGUCCUUUACUGCCUGCUGUUUGUAGUCGGCCUUCUGGGGAACAGCCUGGUCAUCCUGGUUCUGGUGGCCUGCAAGAAGCUGAGGAGCAUCACCGAUAUAUACCUCUUGAACCUGGCCCUGUCUGACUUGCUUUUUGUCUUCUCCUUCCCCUUCCAGACCCACUACCAGCUAGACCAGUGGGUGUUCGGGACUGUAAUGUGCAAGGUGGUCUCUGGUUUUUAUUACAUUGGCUUCUUCAGCAGCAUGUUCUUCAUCACGCUCAUGAGCGUGGACAGGUACCUGGCGAUCGUCCACGCUGUGUAUGCCAUAAAAGUGAGGACAGCCAGGAAGGGCAUAGUCCUGAGUCUGGCAGUGUGGCUGACCGCCAUUGUGGCCUCCAGCCCAUUGCUAGUGUUUUACCAAGUGGAGUCUGAAGAUGGUGUUCUACAGUGCUACUCGUUUUAUAAUCAGCAAACCUUGAAGUGGAAGAUCUUCACCCACUUUGAAAUGAACAUCUUGGGCCUCUUGAUCCCCUUCACCAUCCUGAUGUUCUGCUACAUUAGCAUCCUGCACCAGCUGAAGAGUUGCCAAAACCAGAACAAGACCAAGGCCAUCAAGCUGGUGCUCAUCGUGGUCAUUGCCUCGUUCCUCUUCUGGGUCCCGUUCAACCUGGUCCUCUUCCUCACAUCUCUGCACAACCUGCACAUCUUGGAUGGCUGCGUCGUGAGCCAGCAGCUGAUUUCUGCCACCCAUGCCACAGAAACCAUUUCCUUCACUCACUGCUGUGUGAACCCUGUUAUCUACGCGUUCAUGGGUGAGAAGUUCAAGAAAAGUGUUGCAGAAGUGUUGCAGAAAAGUUGCAGCUACAUCUUCUUCCUCGUGGGAAGACGGAUUCCCCGGGAGUCCUCUGAAAGGAUAUCAUCCUUCUAUCAGCACUCUUCCCGCUCCUCCAGUGCAGACUACAUCUUGUGAGACCCCAAAGCAGGCCCUGCGUUCGUCAUCCUUCUUGUCUUUUUAAUAAUUUUUAAAAGUCUAUUUCCUCCAUGAGCAAGAGAGAAAAAUAAAGCAUGCCAACCAGGUCCAAACUGAGAUCAACUCCCAGCCUCGGCUAGUCCUGGGUCACGUGCAUAGAAUUGUGUAUUCAGGGAUGGCUCCAGACACAGGCUUGGAACCAUCCAAUGCAGGAUUGACUGUCUUGUAGAAUCACGUUUUAGAGCUCUGCCACCAACUGACCCCUCCCACUGUUUUUUAAAGAGACCAAAUUGACAUAGUGGACUCUGAGGCUACACAAAGGGACGCUCUUAGAACUUUGGUUAUAGACACAAGACUUAUUUUCUGAUAUUUGAUGAGUCUCUACUAUUGCAAGUUAAUCUCAUCUUUCAAAAAUAUUGCUACUAUUUUUCUGGAAAUAGUCUGUAUAUUUCACUGUAUGUUUACAGUAGAAUUUUGGUUAUUGAUAUAAUCUUGACAGA